UAGUGAGUUGGCAGGGGGAGUUUGUUGAAAGGCCGGGGUGUGUGAUCUCCCUGGUUUAGAGGUCUACUGCACACCAGCCCUGAGACCUCCAGCUCGGCGAUGCCCCGGAGCCCCUGCAAGAGAAGCUUCUGGCUGUGGGGGGUCCUUCUGUGGCUCAGCAUGCCAAGUGCAGGAGAUGUACCUGCGACCCCACAGCCAAAAUGCACUGACUUCCAGAAUGCCAACCUCCUCCGAGGGACCAACCUGAAAGUCCAGUAUCUCCUCUUUGUGCCUUCAGAUCCUAGCUGUGGGCAGCUACUGGAAGAGAGCAGUGACAUCCAAAACUCUGGAUUCAAUGCCACUCUCAGAACCAAGCUAAUUAUUCAUGGAUUCAGGGCUUUAGGAACAAAGCCUUCCUGGAUCGAUGGAUUCAUUAGAGCCCUUCUGAGGGCAGCAGAUGCUAACGUCAUUGCUGUGGAUUGGGUUUACGGAUCUACAGGCGUCUACUACUCAGCUGUGGAUAAUGUGGUUAAGCUGAGCCUAGAGAUCUCCCGUUUCCUCAAUAAACUCCUGGAGCUGGGUGUGUCGGAGUCCUCAAUCCACAUCAUUGGUGUCAGCCUAGGAGCUCACGUUGGGGGCAUGGUGGGACAGUUCUACAAAGGCCAGCUGGGACGGAUCACAGGCCUGGACCCCGCGGGACCGGAGUACACCAGGGCCAGCCUGGAGGAGCGCUUGGAUCCUGGAGACGCUCUCUUCGUGGAAGCCAUCCAUACAGACACUGACAAUUUGGGUAUUCGGAUUCCAGUGGGCCACGUGGACUACUUUGUCAACGGAGGCCAGGACCAGCCGGGCUGUCCCCUGUUUAUUCAUGCAGGUUACAGCUAUCUGAUCUGUGAUCACAUGAGGGCUGUCCACCUCUACAUCAGUGCUCUGGAGAAUUCCUGUCCCUUGGUGGCCUUUCCCUGUGCCAACUACAAGUCCUUCCUGGCUGGACACUGUCUGGAUUGCUUUAACCCCUUUUUGUUUUCCUGUCCAAGGAUAGGGCUGGUGGAACAAGGUGGUGUUAAGAUAGAGCCGCUUCCCAAGGAAGUAAGAGUCUACCUGCGGACCACUUCUAAGGCCCCGUAUUGUGUGCAUCACAGCGUUGUGGAGUUUUACUUGCAGAAUCCGAGAAAAAAGGACACCAGCAUUGAGAUCAGCUUUGUGAGCAGCAAUGCCACCUCCUCGGUCAAGAUCACCAUAGCUAGACAACAGCUCCAGGGAAAAGGAAUCAUCGCCCACCCCAACCCGCCAUGCCAGAUAAACCAAGUGAAAUUCAAGCUUCAGGCUUCCAGUCAAGUUUGGAGAAGAGACACGACUACCAUUGUCGGGAAGUUCUGUACAGCCCCUCUGCCUGUCAACGACAAUAAAAAUACGGUCUGCUUACCUGAGCCAGUGAACUUACAAGAGAGCAAGUCUGUAGUUCAUGACUGGAAAAUAUCCUGUGUAUGACAUAAGGCCGGGCAAGACACAUCUCCCUGGAUUUUUCUGAGGGGUGUGUGUGUGUGUGUGUGUGUGUGUGUGUGCAUGUACAAGUUAUUUCGGACCAUUACUACAAAGGAAGAAGUUCAAAUUCCUUGUUAUUUUUCUCAAAACUAGUUCCAUGGAAGGAAAAGAUGAUUCACUUGAUAGAAUUUGAUCUCUCCACUGCCGAUCUGAAAAGCUUUACGUAGAUAUUAUUUUCACUUCCCUAUUCCUAUGUAACUGCAAUUGCCUUAUGCCUUGGCAUCUGUACUUAGGAUUCAGUGGAAACAUGUACAGAGAAAAAAAAAAAUAGAUUGUUAAAAAAUAAAACACUACGGAAUAUCUGA